GUCAUGCUUUGGGCCCGCGCGGAGCUGGAGCGAGGCCUAGGGAGUGGCCGGCGGGGCUGAGGUCCACGCAGGCCCAGACCAUGCGCCGCGGCCUAGCGGGCGUCGGGGAUGCAGGGCCGCGGGAGGAGCGUAGCUGCAGGCCUCACAUGUGGUGGUACAGUGGGAGCUAUUCUGACAUGUCCACUGGAAGUUGUAAAAACACGGCUGCAGUCAUCUUCUGUGACACUUUAUAUUUCUGAAGUUCACCUGAACACCAUGGCUGGAGCCAGUGUCAACCGAGUAGUGUCUCCUGGACCUCUCCAUUGCUUAAAAGUGAUCUUGGAAAAAGAAGGACCUCGUUCCUUGUUUAGAGGAUUAGGCCCCAAUUUAGUGGGGGUGGCCCCUUCCAGAGCAAUAUAUUUUGCUGCUUAUUCAAACUGCAAGGAAAAGUUGAAUGGUUUAUUUGAUCCUGAUUCUACCCAGGUACACAUGAUUUCAGCUGCAAUGGCAGGUUUUACCGCAAUCACAGCGACCAACCCCAUUUGGCUUAUAAAGACUCGGUUACAACUUGAUGCAAGAAAUCGUGGGGAAAAGCGAAUGGGCGCUUUUGAAUGUGUCCGUAAAGUGUAUCAGACAGAUGGACUUAGAGGAUUUUAUAGGGGCAUGUCUGCUUCGUAUGCUGGCAUAUCAGAGACUGUUAUCCAUUUCGUUAUUUAUGAAAGUAUUAAGCAAAAACUGCUGGAAUAUAAGAUUGCUUCUACAAUGGAAACUGAAGAAGAGUCUGUAAAAGAAGCAUCAGAUUUUGUGGGGAUGAUGCUAGCUGCUGCCACCUCAAAAACGUGUGCCACAACUAUAGCAUAUCCACAUGAAGUUGUAAGAACAAGACUACGUGAAGAGGGAACAAAAUACAGAUCUUUUUUUCAGACAUUAUCUUUGCUUGUUCAAGAAGAAGGCUAUGGGUCUCUUUACCGUGGUCUGACAACUCAUCUGGUGAGACAGAUUCCAAACACAGCCAUUAUGAUGGCCACCUAUGAAUUGGUGGUCUACCUGCUCAAUGGAUAGCACCACCAGGCUGCUGUACUAUAAAGAGGGAAGACCAAAAGAUACAGUGGACCAUGGAGUACCGAAGCCAGCAUGGUGGACAGAAGGAAAAUAGUUUGGGAACAUGCAACUGUGUAUUGCCUAAGUGGAAGUUUGGUUGUAGGAAGUAAAGUAAUCAUAACCACAUUACUUAGUCUUUUUAGUAAUGUGACAAAAUAAACCUUGGCUGCCUCUGAGAAAAAGCCUUUAUUAGAAGCGGUCCUUCCUCAAAGUUGCCAUUUUUCUCUACCAUAUCCAUGGGACACAGUUGGCAUUUUGUUGAUUUAUGGCAAUCAGAAUAUAGUGUUUAUUCCAUGAGCACUUUUCCAGUCUUCUAGACAAAACCAUCCCUAAUUAUAUAUACUAUAACUAUCCAAAAGAUAGUAUUGACAGUCGUAAAUUUCUCACUUCUGGCUUGUAUAUAAUUCCUCUAAAUUGAAAAAUAACAAUAAGAGUAUAUACAUUUCCUUGAGAGGAUCUGGCACAAUAUUUUAAAGUUAGCUGUUUGGUAUUAGUAGUCACUGUGUUUGAUAACAAAUGAAGUAGUGUCUAAAUAUUGUGUAUAUUUUGGUUUCCACUGCUCACAGGUGCUUUAUGUUUAGCAUAAUAUAAACAAUUUGUUUGCUAAUGUAUUAACUCAAAUGGUAAUAGUUUGAGACAAAAUAAUCCACUAAAAUAUUGAUUCUUGGCCAUUUCAAUAACUUGAGCAUGUUCUCUUAUUUUUUUCCUAACCUUAUGCUACAUGAACAAAUGCAAUUGUCUUCAAUGAUUUAUUAAUUAUGAGCUUGAAUUAUCACCUGUCACACACCAAGGUGUCAUUUUCUUAAAAGGGAAAAAUUUACUGCUUCAAAAUCUUUUAUUUGGUUUCACAUUAAGAAUUUGAACCUUUGAAAUAUUUCCAGAAGACCUGCAUACAUUGCAUUUAUUUAGUGGAGAAAAUGGUAAUUUUCAGCUUUACCCUUACAAGGUGUUUGUUUUGUUUUGUUUUGUUUUAAGGUGACAUUAUAAAUAUCUUGAGCAGCAUAAACAUCAUAAAAGAGGGGCCCUCUUGAGCAGGUAGCGAUCCUAGUUGACUUACGGAUUUAUAAAUAAACUACUUUGCCAAGAAAUUUGUUCCAUCCUAAUUUUUUGAAUGGCAAGUCAUAGAGUAAAUUCAGAUUAAGUGUGUUAACAGGAUGUAACUUUUACAUUUUGCCAUUGAGUUCAGCUGCACCUUUUAACACUUUAAAUGUAUUAUAUGUAUGGCCCUUAUGAAGAUAUUUGCUGUAAUUCUGUUAAAAGACUUUUGCUUAUGGAUGUUGCUAUACUGGCUUAUGAAACAUACAAUUACGCGCCAGUGUGGUACUCAUUUCAGUAUACAUAAACUGUACAUUUUGUGCAAUGGCUUUAUCUUAAGAAUGAAUUUUUGUGAAUGCACUUUGUGGCCUUUUUUUGAGGGAGGGGUUGGGAUUAGGAGAGAAUUCCCAUGUUAAGAUUAUUUUCUUAAAACAUUGGUCAUGUAUUAGGCAGAAACAGUGUUCAUAACAUUUUUCUGAGGUUAGGUAUUUUGUUUUGGAGAUCUGUAAUAUAAAUGUUUUAAAUACUCUAUUUUCACUGCAGUGCCCCUAACAUAGAAAAUAGUGUGUCCUUGCAAGCUUUCUCUGCUGUCUCUAGUAAAACCAGUGCCCUCUUAAAAUUCAUUCACCUUUUUAACUUCCUUAUAAUCAAUAGUAACUGGAUGUUUUUGAGGUGCUUCGAUUGGAAUUAAAAAUAUUCCAGUCUAUUUGGAGACCAAAGGCAAAUUCAGUUUCAUUACCUUUGGAAUUAUUCAUACUUUUUGUGGUGAAUUUCAGCUUUGACAUUUAUUGUGAGGAACAUGCCAAAAAAAUAAAAAAUCAUUAAGAGGUUUCCAAUUUGCAUCUGUAAAGAAAGUGUCAAUCUAUGGUGUUUUCAUUUUCAGGUGCCACUUAUACUGCCUAAUACAGUGCCAUUUGCCUUGUGAAGAUCUGUAAACAUUAGUUGUACUGAAUGUAGGACAGAGACUCUGAUCUCAGUGCCCCACAGAUGAUUAAGAAUGAUAUGAAAACCAGCAGCUAAGGAACAUCUUAUUUAGUCGUAGCAAAUUCAUAACAAGUGUCCUUCAAGGAUGAACACAUUCUAUUCCUGUUUGGAUUUGUAUUGACCUUUUAGUGCAUUAUAUUCAGCUUUUAAAAGUGAGUGUACGUAUGUGCUGGAAGGAAAAGAUCUUAAGAGUCUCAGACUUUGCUUCUUUGUGCAACAACUGGAAAGGAGCAGUGAAGUUUAUUUUAAUUGUUGUUUUUUUUCCCCCAAAGUACAAUCUGUUGUUUAUGUAGGACAAAAAUAAUUUUAAAAAGAAAACUUUAUAUAAAAAUUGUUUAUGAAGUUUCUCUGAAACAUUUCUUUGGAAUUUUUUUAGAUUGAUGCAAAUGCUUAAAAAGAAAAACGCAUACCUAAAGCAUUGGACUUCUUUAAAAGAAAACUUUUAUUUUUUAUGUAUUUCCUGUCAGUUAACUUUUUAUUUCUAGUAUUAGAGGUAGUCAGCACUCCUCAACUUGAUGUAUACUUUAUUGGAGAAUCUUCUCAGAAAGUUGAACUUAUUCAGGUUAAAGUGGUACAUACUCUCAUAGAGAGCAGAUAAGAACUUUGUUACCUGUCACAGAAACAGUUUACUAGAUUUCAAAGUCCAAAUCUGAGAAUGACCAGCCUGUGAUUGUGGGGUGCCAUACAGUGCUUUUAAAUCCAGGGAAAAAACUGUAUCACCAAAGCUUUUGUCUUGGUUUUCUUUACGUAUGUAACUUUGUGGAACCAACCUUAUUCGAUGGGACCCACGGGUAAUUGAUUUUUAACUCUGACACCAAGAGAGAAUAUCAAUACAUUAUUUAAUCCAGCCUUUGUCUCCGAAAGCCUAGUGCCCAUUGUAGAAUAGCGUUCUUCUAUUAGGACCAGCAGAGUUUGGGUUGUUAAAAAUGAUGAGUGUUUACUCUUUUACUGGAGUGUGAAUAUGUCAGCAUUUUAAGAUUUGUUUUAAAACACUGAAAAUAUUGACUUGAUCUUGAAGAACUCAAUUGCUAGGAAUCAGUUUAUCCUAUACUCUUCUGUGUGGUUUGUGCUGUCUUUUGUUGUUUACGUGCUCCUCUGCCCAGAUUGAUAAUACUAUAGGGUUCCCUUUGAAGCUGAUAGAAUAAUUCAGCCUUUUUUUCCUCAAGUAUUGAUCAUGACUUUAAACAUUCCUAAGAAUAUAGGUAUUUCUUAAUGAUUUAAAUUGGGAUUUUAAUUAUAGAGAAGUAUUUAAUAUAGUAUACUCUGCCCACACACAUCUCUUCUCCAUCGUGCCCUUAUAUUUCUCAACCUAUACUCUGCUUUUAAUGCUACUCCUUUUAUUUAAUUUUUUGUUUUGUUUGUUUGUUUUUGUUUUUGUUUUGUUUUGUUUUUUUUUGGCUUUACCUGCAGCAUAUGGAUAUUCUCCGGCCAGGGAUCAAACCCAAGCCGCAGCAGUGAUAAUACUGGGUCCAUAACCCCCUGAGCUAUAGGGGAACUCCAUAUGCUACUCCUUUUAGAAACUGAAGAGUCUAGUUUUACUGAUUUCUUUGUGUUAAUAAACAUUUUGAAUGUGUACCCUGCAUAUGUGAACAAUUAAAUUAUGACCUGUCAGUCAUAGCUAAGUAAUCAACUUCAAAGUGUUGAUGUCCUUUGACCAUUUAUGUGAGGUUUGCUAUUAUAGCAUUUCUGUCUGUGGCUGUAAAUUAUGUGCAUUUACUUCGUAUUUAUGUUAACUAGCUGAAUUUUAUUUGAAUUGUUAAAAUU